AUGUCUCGUUCAGUUUUAAAAAGUUUCUAUUGCAAUGAAGUCUCAGAAGGUGUGGGUGCCAAAGUCCGUAGGUCAAUUGGCUCCAUGCAAAUGAGAAAUUUCAAACCGUUCUUACUGCUAGAUCAUUUCAACGUUGACCCAAGUGCUGGGUUCCCUGAUCAUCCUCAUCGUGGGCAAGAGACCAUUACGUAUAUGACGAAAGGUCAAUUCGCCCACCAGGAUUUCACUAGCGACAAGGUUGGGAUCUUGAAUGCCGGGGAUUGUCAGAUCAUGAGAGCCGGAAGAGGUAUUAUGCACGCCGAAAUGCCAGUUCAAGGCAAAUCAGGAGAAAACAUAGUUGGAAUGCAGCUGUGGGUUGACCUACCAAAGCAUCUUAAACAUAGUGAACCUGAGUACCGAGAUUUAAGGGCCUCAGAGAUCCCGACAGUAACUCCAAAUGAUAAAGUCACAGUUAAGAUUAUCUCAGGAAAGGCCUAUGGGGUCGAAAACUUCCAAGAUUUGUCGUAUUCUCCUGUUGACUAUUACUACUAUACUGUCCAACCCGGGGGAUCAUUUGAACAAAGCGUUGGUGAGAACUACAACUCCUUCAUCUAUUUACUUGACGGUAGUCUUGAAAUCAACAACAAAACAUAUGAUAAGUUCAAUGCUCUGUUCUUUGACUUGAAUGGAAACAAGAUUACCGGCUCCGUCCCAGAAGAUGCUACUUCUCCUGCUGAGUUUGUUCUCGUUGCGGGACAGAUUUUAGACCAGCCUAUUGUUCAACACGGCCCAUUCGUGGAGACUUCUAAAGACCUCAUCUACAAAGCCUUCAUGGACUAUCAAACAGCCUCAAACGGAUUUGAAAGGGGAAAGGAUUGGAGAUCCAAGAUUGCUGAUGGUGUUAAAGAAGACGAUUUGGCUAAGUUGAAGCAAUUAUUUUACUACUAUUUGCUACACCACCUUUAUAGCUCUUAUUUAUUUACUCUUUGUAUUUUUAUCAAUUAUUGA